CCACAUCGUCUCAGUCCCCGUAUCGCGUCUGCUCCGCUCACUUCGUUCAAAUCCGUGCGGAUGAUUCACUGUGGUACACAUAUAUCGAUUUCCUUUUUCUACUUCAUUUUUACUUUUAUCUAUAAAUUCAUUUACAAAUAGUAAAAAACCAUCUGAAUAGAUCACACAAGCUAUUUAAAGUAGGAGAUAUAUUCAACAAAAUUCAGAUAAAAAAAUGUACUAAAAUUCCAUUUUAAUUUUUCCACUGCAAGGAAAAUGGAAAUGUUGUUUAAAUUUUAACGCUUUAUGUUUGAAAUCAAAUGUCCGUUUCGUGUAAGUUUUAUGUAUCAGAGAAAAGAUGAGCUAUGAAAUACUUUAUAUGAUUUGGUCAAAUAUAGUAGAGUCUCGUGUCAUUUCACUUUUCUUUGCUGAACUCUGAGAACGUGCAAUCUUUCAAAAAGUAUCAACAAUUUUGAACAAUUUUAUACGUGAUUUAUAAAAAAGAAGAAGAAACACAGAAAGAAGGGGAAGAAAAAAGAACAGCAUGGUGAUAUAAUUCUACUGUAGCUUUAUAAUCAUUGCAACGACUAUGCUUUUGUGGAUAUUGAGCUGCCUGAACCUGUUAACGGUUUCCAUCUUGUGUUUGUCUACGAGUGAAAUAGAAGCGGAAAAAAGUGGUUGGAACGUUGAUCCAAAUACGCAAUAUCAUAUUCAAACCGACGAAGGACCUGAAAGGUACUUUCGUUUCCAAACAUUAAAUGGACAAUACAGGAAGGAGAAAAGAUUAUUGGAUGGUACAGUUAUCGGCACAGAAGGCUGGCUAGACCCUCUUGGAUAUUUACGACUUAAAGAUUACAUAGCUGACGAUAACGGAUUUCGAAUUCUCAGGUCGAAAAUGAUUUAUGUGGGUAAAAACAGACCUAUUUACGAUGCUGUAACGGAAGCAAAAAGAGUGCCUCCUCAAACUGGAAUUCUUGUACAACCAGCACGUCCACCAAAUCCUUUCAGACAACCAGAGAGAGAACACGUCGUUCCUUUAGUUGGUAACGAUAUAAAUUCAGGCUAUUAUGCCAGCACCACCAUUAAACCUAAAGCUGAUUAUUCUUCUGCUGUAUCUAAUUCUAACAAUUACUACUACAAUCCAAAUCGAGCAAGUUCUUCGUCCGAUCUUGGCAAUUUAAACAACUAUUCUCGAAAUACCUAUCAGAAUUUUCCUGUUGCUCGAGAUGAACAUCCGAAGCCAAGCUUUCAAUUACCAACAGCUACAUCACGAAGUAAUCCAACGGCAUUUCCUCAAUUCGAUGGAACAUACAACACUGCUAACGGAUUCCAAUAUUAUUUGAAAAGGCAGUAUCACGAAGAGGAACGAGAUUCGAGUGGAGCAAAUGUCGGUUCUUUUGGUUACAUCGACCCAUUUGGCAUUAGAAGGGUAAUAUAUUUCAAAACAGAUCCGCAAACUGGUGGAUUUCUCCAUCAGAAAAAUAACAAAUACGUAGGAUUCGAAUCAACUCCGUAUGAUCUAUCGUUACCCAAUACGUACAGACGUAACUCAAGAUCCACAGUGUAAUAUAUUUCUCCAAAGUUCAUUUUAAAAUAAUACGGGUAUCUUGGACGACAUCUUAUUGGGAUUUUCUUUCUCUUUGUGCUUUGUUACUAAUGUAAAACUGGAAGAAAUUGUGCUAACUUUUAGUGAAAUUUUAAUAGACGUUGAAUAAUAAUAGGCCACGAUAAUACUUAUUUUACGUAUAACGCGUAUUUCUCACAUUUUGCGUGGAUAAUAAAAUUAGAGUGAAAAUAGGCUUUUUUAGCACCUAAAAACUUAGUCUGCAAUAUUACAAAGGAAUUGUAAGCUGUAAACGUUGUGCCAUGUUAGGUUAUUGUAGUACUUAUUAUCCUCUAAUGAUACUUUAAACCAUGAAAAUAUAAGGAAACCUAUUGCGUCAAAUAGUCGAAUUAAAAACUCCAUUACUAUAAAAUAGAUAACAAGAUACAUCGUAUACAGGAUGCGUCACGCAAUUGAAACGAAUUACAUCUUGAAUUUGAUAAGAGACAGAAAAAGAUUGUUUAAGCAAAAGUAGAAAAAUAUGGUAAUAAUAUUUGUAAGUGCAAAUACGCGCACGAAAAAUUUAGGGCACAUUUUUCUAAAAUGGAUUUACAUACUCUUCUUACUCGUAUGUAAGUAUUAUUUAUUAUAAUAUUUAACAACAAAGUCACGUACUUACUUUAUUUUACUUUAUUAAAGAUGAUGUUUGAGUGUCCUGCCUUUAUGCAUUUAGUAAGCGCUUCUCAUAGAUCGUUUCUUUAUUCGUUCGUAACGAAGUUGAAGUGGUCGCUGUUUAUGUUUGAAAAAUGUAGUUUAAUUUGUUCUUCCGUCUUCCAGUAAAUGGAUCGACGCGAAUAUGCUUUACGUUUAAGAUAACCCUAUACAAGGAAGUCGAGAGAAUGCAGGUCAUGGUGUUGCAUCUCCCAAAAUACGACGUCUGCCAAUUGAUGUACGCUGUAUAUAAGUGACUUCCAAAAUUAUACCUAAUACGAUUAAAAUAUUCUAAUAUCGAAGUGAUGAGAAAGAAAUGUUCAUUACCUGUGGCGAUUAGAAAAAUUCAUAGCAUGGAUUUAAUAUAGAAUAUUUUAUGCUAAUGAAAAAUAAAGGUUUUCUCUCCGUUUUCUUUCGUUGAAGGAAUCUAAAUCCUACAACAAAGAAUAGUGUAAUCCAGCUGGCUUUAACUUUAUACUAAAUGUAUUCUAAAAAAUUAGUUAAACAUUUAUAAUAACGCUACGCCGCUAACAAUAAAAUCUUCCGAAUUUCUGUGCAAAUUAUUCGUUUGUAGUUGACUGUUUGUACUUGAGUUUUCACAAUACGUUUUAACAUCCGAAGCUAUGUUUGAGACACGAACCAUGAGACUCGAAAGUUUACAGUUUAAUGUCUCGUAAUUAUUCUGCAAGUACUUCAAGUCUGAAUCAAUAUAUGACAGUAUAUGACAGUAUAUGACAGUGAUGGAAGUGCGUAGGUGAAAGUAAAACAUGUUCAUUAACUUUUCAGUAUGCUUGUUAAAAUGAAAAAUAUCCGUCAAUUAACCGUUGACACGUAGACAUUUAUCAUACUGAAAAUAUUAAAAGAAGAGUGGUGUUUUAUAUAUAUAGCAACACGAAUGUGCGUUCAAUGAUUUUAAUCAACAUUAAUUCAUUGCGUUAUCUAUUAUGAAACUAAAUAAAAACACGUUAAAUAUGUCAACUCAUUUCAAAGAUUCUGAUUAUUUUCUAGCAACGAAUAUUUGUUAUGUUAUAUAUUAUGAUUUAUUUAUUGGGAUGGAUAGGAUAUUUGUCAGCGAUUAUUAAAACUAUAGUAGAUUUAAAGCAACCACAAAGACGUGUUUUAACGUGAUCUGCCGCUCAUUUUCGAUAAUAAUGCUGAAAUGUGUUUCCUGCUAUUACUGAAACUAAUUAUUUUGUCCGUAUAAUACUAUUCGAUACAAAUUUUUAUUUAAUUUAUAUAUUAAAUUAUUUAUAAAUUAAGUAACCAAACUUCUAUAAUUAUAUAUAGCGAUAAUAGGAAUAAAACUUAUCACAAU